CAACAUCCGUCACGUGGUACAGAGAAGCGCCCGGCCAAACUGCUCCAUCGCAGGAACAUUGCAGUACUGUAUUAUGGCGUGUCCCCCGGAAAGUGAAGUCCGGACUGGGGGCUCCAGUGAAGCCGCUGAAGGAGCCGCAAGGGCCCGGGCUCCUAUCCGACAGUCUCCCGCAGCAAUGGCAGCCUCUCCGGGGUCAAUGAUGGUAGAGUCGGUGGACGAUGCGGAGGGGCUAUACGUUGCGGUUGAAAGAUGCCCACUGUGUAACACAGCGAGACGGAGGCUGACCUGCGCUCGAUGCAUUAAGGCGGGCGACUUCGUUUAUUUUGAUGGCAGAAACACUGAAAGAUACACAGAAAAGUUGGAAAGGCUUCAGGAGAUGAAAAAUGAAAAAGAGAAUCUUCAGCAAAGAGUCAUCAAUGCUAUGGACAAGAAGGUCCAGGCAGACCAACUUAAGUGGAAAAUCAUGUCAUGCCGGAUGAAAAUUGAGCAGCUGAAAGAAGCAAUCUGCAGUGGAAAUGAAGAAGUGAAGAGUGGCAAAGAUCUGUUGCUCCGCUCCCAGGAAGAAGGCCAGAGACUGCAGCGCCGGGCUAGUCGGCACCAAGAGAAGAGGGACAAGAUAGAGCGUCAUAAUCGUCGCUUAAGUGAGCUGCUGGAUAAAAGGACUAAAGAGUUGCAGGGCCGACUGGAGGCUCUGGCUGAGGUGCGGAGGGGCCACAUCCUGGAACUUACCACCUACAUCUUCCCCACACAAGAGGAGAAGCAGGGCAGCAGGGACCCAGCUGAUCCUGCUGUGGCAGAAUAUGACUUUGCCCUCACGUCUAGCACAGUAAGUGAGUUAGCUGAAGCCCGUCGAACAACUUACAUGUCUGGACGGUGGAUCUGGGAUGACCAGAAUGGAGAGACAAGCAUUAGUAUCACUGGACCUCAUGUCACUCUGCCCAGCAAUGGAGAUUGUUCAGCCUAUUACAGUUGGGUAGAGGAGAAAAGCAUUAAUCCAGGCCCAGAGCUGGAUCAUAUAAAUCCAGCCCACACCAUUAGUGCAGCUCUCUGCUAUGCUACUCAGCUUGUUAAUAUCCUUUCUCAUAUUCUGGAUGUCAAUCUGCCCAAAAAGCUGUGCAACAGUGAGUUCUGUGGUGAUAAUUUGAGCCGGUACAGAUUUACUCGCGCUGUCAACAAACUGAACACCAACAUCCUGCAUCUCUGUUUCUCCCAGCAUGUAGACAGUGAGCUGCUCCAUCCCCACCAUACAUUGAGGAACAUCAUGUUUUUAGUCUCUCCAGAGAACAAGAACCUUGGCAGGACUGGGCCGUUUGAGGUCAGUGCAGACUUGGAAGACUCAAUGGAGUUUGUGGAGCCAGAGGCUGCAGUGCCUGCGGAGGAAAGUGGAGAUGAGGCAGUGACUGAUGAAGAGACAGACUUGGGUACAGACUGGGAAACAGUACCUAGCCCUCGCUUCUGUGAUAUUCCUUCUCAGCCCAUGGAUCUGUCUCAGAGUACAGCCAUGCAGGCCUCCCAGCCAGUAGGCAACGCUGGAGGAAUGAUCUCCUCUGCUGCUGCCUCAGUCACUUCCUGGUUCCGUGCCUACACUGGCCAGCGCUGAGACGCAGCUGGGGUGCAGACUGCUGUAGCUAUGCAAACAGACAAUUUGUUUCUCCCUCUUUUGUCAGAUCUCAUUGGAAAAAGGGAUGUUUACGGUCACCUGACAGCAUGGUUAAAAAAAAUGAAUGUGUGUGGUGGAAAUGAGGGGAAGGAGACCAUUUCCAAAAGCAACCCGUUUCUGACAAGGAACGCAAGCUGUGUUUUGAGGGUUGAUUAUAGAAGUAGGACUUAAACUGCUCACUCUGACAUUUCAGACCUUUUGUAGCUCACAAACACUGUAGAUGCCCCACAUUAUCCACCGUCUGCAAUUAGCCUCUCUGCUAUAAAGCUUGAUACAUAGAAGAGACAUGUUGUGUCAGCAAGGUAAGAAAACACACAAGAGGUGUUUGUGCAAGUUGCAAGUCACAUUGAUGGGCUUGUGUACUUUCACAGAAACACUUUAUUUUUUUUGAAUAUGGGAGCAAACAAGUUGAAAACAACUUGCUGGGUAAGCUCACCACACCCACGCGUCAGAACCUCCCUUCCAGUGUGAGACUCCCUUCAGAACCACCACGAGAUUGUAGUUAGUGGCUUAGUGUGUUCACUUAUUUUAACACUGCAAGAGUAGUAAAUGUAAGACAUUGGUUGUCAGACUCAUCUAUGACAGAGAGUGACUGUGCUGGCAGAUGCUGGCUAGUCUGAUUUUGCUGAAAAAUGAAAAUGCACCUUCUCACCAGCUAUUCAGCGACCCUAACUGUAUAAAUGUUGCAGUAGUCUGGGAAUGAAUUAUUGAUAUGGGUGUGUUUGUAUGGUAUUUUACUAAAUUAUAUAUAUAAAUAAAGGAAUUUUACUUUAGGAAGAAAUAACCGUGGGGAUGCUCAUUUUAUGCCAUCUUGGUAGUCCUGCCUUUCCUUCUAUUACUACAAACUACUACGGGCUGUGGUAGGCAUGAACUUUAGAACUGAAAUGUUGAUUAAAAUGUUGAUUCAAAUUUAUAUCAUGGUUUGGUUGGGUUCUAUUGAUGUAUUGGCUCUGUCUUGGUAAGUAUGCAUCUUAAAUUUGGAGGACACUUAUGUGACAAGCAAUAUUUUGUAUGUUUGGGCAAAACUGAAAAAGUAUAAUAAAAAAAAAUUGAAACUGAAA